AUGGGGAGACAGGAGAGGAGGCGGGGGAACAGAACGGGGAGACGGGGGACAGGGCGGGGAGACAGGAGAGGAGGCGGCGGGGGACAGAACGGGGGGGACAGGAGUGGAGACAUGAGAGGAAACGGGGGACAGGACGGGGAGACAGUAGAGGAGACGGGGGAGGACAGAACGGGGAGACAGGAGAGGAGACGGGGGAAAGGACGAGGAGACACGGGAGAGGAGACGGGGGAGGACAGAACGGGGAGACAGGAGAGGAGACGGGGGAGGACAGAACGGGGAGACAGGAGAGGAGACGGGGGAAAGGACGAGGAGACACGGGAGAGGAGACGGGGGAAAAGACGAGGAAACACGGGAGAGGAGACGGGGGAGGACAGAACGGGGACACAGGAGAGGAGACGGGGGAAAGGACGAGGAGACACGGGAGAGGAGACGGGGAGACAGGAGAGGAGACGGGGAGACAGGAGAGGAGACGGGGGGACAGGACGGGGAGACAAGAGAGGAGAAGGGGGACAGAACGGGGAGACAGGAGAGGAGACGGGGGAAAAGACGAGGAGACACGGGAGAGGAGACGGGGGAAGGACAGAACGGGGACACAGGAGAAGAGACGGGGGAAAGGACAAGGAGACACGGGAGAGGAGACGGGGGGACAGGACGGGGAGACAGGAGAGGAGACGGGGAGACAGGAGAGGAGACGGGGGGACAGGACGGGGAGACAGGAGAGGAGACGGGGGGACAGGACUGAGAGACGGGAGAGGAGAAGGGGGACAGAACGGGGCGACAGGAGAGGAGACGGGGGAGGACAGGACGGGGAGACAGGAGAGGAGACGGGGGACAGGACGGGGAGACAGGAGAGGAGACGGGGGACAGGACGGGGAGACAGGAAAUGAGACGGGGGACAGGACGGGGAGACAGGAGAGGAGACGGGGGACAGGACGGGGAGACAGGAGAGGAGACGGGGGACAGGACGGGGAGACAGGAGAGGAGAAGGGGGACAGAACGGGGAGACAGGAGAGGAGACGGGGGAAAAGACGAGGAGACACGGGAGAGGAGACGGGGGAGGGCAGAACGGGGACACAGGAGAAGAGACGGGGGAAAGGACGAGGAGACACGGGAGAGGAGACGGGGGGACAGGACGGAGAGACAGGAGAGGAGACGGGGGACAGGACGGGGAGACAGGAGAGGAGACGGGGGACAGGACGGGGAGACAGGAGAGGAGAAGGGGGACAGAACGGGGAGACAGGAGAGGAGACGGGGGAAAAGACGAGGAGACACGGGGGAGGACAGAACGGGGACACAGGAGAAGAGACGGGGGAAAGGACGAGGAGACACGGGAGAGGAGACGGGGGGACAGGACGAGGAGACAGGAGAGGAGACGGGGGGACAGGACGGGGAGACAGGAGAGGAGACGGGGGACAGGACGGGGAGACAGGAGUGGAAAAGGGGGGACAGGACGGGGAGACAGGAGAGGAAAAGGGGGACAGAACGGGGAGACAGAAGAGGAGACGGGGGGACAGAACGGAGAGACAGGAGAGGAGAAGGGGGACAGAACGGGGAGACAGGAGAGGAAAAGGGGGGACAGGACGGGGAGACAGGAGAGGAAAAGGGAGGACAGGACGGGGAGACAGAAGAGGAGACGGGGGGACAGGACGGAGAGACAGGAGAGGAGAAGGGGACAGAACGGGGCGACAGGAGAGGAAAAGGGGGGACAGGACGGAGAGACAGGAGAGGAGAAGGGGGACAGAACGGGGCGACAGGAGAGGAAAAGGGGGGACAGGACGGAGAGACAGGAGAGGAGACGGGGGGACAGGACGGGGAGACAGGAGAGGAAAAGGGGGGACAGGACGGAGAGACAGGAGAGGAGACGGGGGGACAGGAGAGGAGACGGGGGGGCAGGACGGGGAGACAGGAGAGGAAAAGGGGGGACAGGACGGGGAGACAGAAGAGGAGACGGGGGGACAGGACGGGGAGACAGGAGAGGAGAAGGGGGACAGGACGAGGAGACAGGAGAGGUGGACGGGGGGACAGGACGGGGAGACAGGAAAGGGAACGGGGAGACAGAGACGGGGAGACAGGACGGAGAGACAGAGACGGGGGGACAUUUCUAUUUUGAAUGGCUUUUAA